UGAUCAUUCUCAACUGGAUCACCUAUAAUGCCACAGACAGACUUGGCACAACAUGGUGUUCAUCACUUCCAAGUAAUGGUCGAGAUGUGCAGUUAUUUCUGUCUUCCAUGUAAUUUGCAGGCCAAGUGACUUGGCCAAUUCCCCUUCGGGCAUCUCAUGUGGCUUGCCUCGCUGUGGCUGAGCUGUGGCGUUCUCCAAUGACCGAAGAUCUUCCGUAACGACAAUUUUCGAUCGUUAUCGCAUCAACGCAAGAAUGUGAAUAAAGCGCAAGAGGCUGGGACCCCUCAUCAAGAUUUCAAUAUGCCUCGAGAUCCAUUGAUCGGAUUGGUAGGCAAGCCUUCAAGUGGCAAAAGCACCACAUUGAACAGCUUGACUGACGCCACUUCGAAAGUUGGCAACUUCCCCUUCACUACAAUCGACCCUCAGCGAGCCAUCGGGUACCUUCAAAUCGAUUGCGCAUGCAAACGAUACAACCUCUCCGAACGAUGUAAACCGAAUUAUGGGGCAUGCGUUGAUGGACGACGGUCGGUACCUAUAGAGCUCCUCGAUGUCGCAGGUCUGGUUCCAGGAGCGCAUGAGGGUAAAGGCUUAGGCAACAAGUUCUUGGACGACUUGAGGCAUGCAGAUGCUUUGGUCCACGUCGUCGAUGUCAGUGGGACAACAGAUGCCGAGGGCAAAGCUACCAGAGGAUAUGACCCUUCACAAGAUAUUGUCUGGCUACGCUCCGAGAUCGUGCAAUGGAUUCGAGGGAAUCUUAUGCAAAAGUGGGGUUCGAUAAAGAGACGACACGUUGCCGUAAAGGCUACAGCGGUUGAGACUCUACAAGGACAAUUUUCAGGAUACGGAUCUACAGCAACUGUAGUUGCCAGAACAUUGGAUAGACUAGGAUUAAAAGAGCCUCUGGAACAUUGGUCUGACGAAACCAUCGAUAAAGUUGUCAACGCUUUUACCGAUGAGAAAUUUCCAACAGUAAUCGCACUCAACAAAAUCGACCAUGCGGAUGCAGAUAAGAACAUCAGCAAGAUAGCAAAGAUGCAGGACUCUAAAUCAAUAGUCUUAUGCUCAGCGAUAUCCGAAGUCUUCCUGCGAAAAUUAGCUAAGCAAGGAUUCAUCAGAUAUACAGAAGGAAGCGAAUUCGUUGACACACGGGAAGACCUAAUAGCAGAUGGAGAUCCUGAAGGUGGCGGACUAAAGGAACUGGACGAGAAGCUCAAGACCCGUAUCGAGAACCUCAAAGAUAUGGUGCUUUAUCGAUUCGGGUCUACGGGAGUGGUGCAGGUUCUCAGCAGAGCUGCAGAAUUACUAGGAUUGGUUCCGGUAUUUCCCGUUCGGAACGUUUCUUCGUUUUCUUCGGGAGCCUCGCAUUCAGAUGCUGUUUUCAGAGAUUGCGUGUUGGUGAAGAAGAAUACCACCGUUGCGGAGGUGGCGAGGAAAGUCAUGGGUGAUGCUCCCCUAGCAUAUGUGGAGGGCGCUGGUGGGGUGAGGGUUGCUGAGGAUGACCUCGUGGCUGUGGGGAAAAACGAUAUUCUCUCCUUUAAAGUUGGACGAGCAUAAUCUUUCUUCUCACCUCCAUGGCAUUGGCGUUCAAUACGGAAUUGGGUGCAUAGCAAACGGCGUUGAUUCAUAUAUGGGACAUGAUAAAAAACGAUUAUCUGCUGAGACUGCAUUUUCAUCUCAUUGCAAGACUCUUCAAUAUUUACAGCUCCC